AUGGCAGAGCUUUUGAUUGGAACAGCAUUCAUCACCGGCGCCGCCUCAGGUCUCGGCCGAGCGACCGCUUUCGCAUUUGCACAGCACGGCAUCACGAACCUUGCUCUGAUCGACCUCGACCCCACCGCCCUCGAAAGCACCAAAUCCGAUCUCAUACAGAAGUUCCCAAAACUCAAUGUGCUCGUCCUGGUCUCCGACGUUCGUUCCGAGGACGCCGUAGCCCGAGCAAUCGCCGACACUGUCUCACAAUUCGGUCGGAUUGACGCUGCAGUCAACAAUGCCGGCAUCAGCGGCGGAAGCUUUGCUCUCACUCAAGAUGCUUCUUGGGAGGACUGGUCUCGGAUUUACGACGUCAACAUUCACGGCGUGUGGAGAUGCCAGAAGCAUGAGUUAAAGCAGAUGUCUGGGCAGGAAUUGAUCGAGACCAAUAAGUCCCGCGGCGUGAUCAUCAACGUUGCGUCGGUGCUGGGCCUACUGGGUGGCAACGCUACCACUCCGGUGGCCGGAUAUUCCUCUACAAAGCAUGCAGUGCUUGGUUUGACGAAGACGGAUGCUAUUUGUUAUGCCACGCAGGGCAUUCGGGUGAACGCUAUAUGUCCCGGUUACAUUGAUACACCGUUGCUUCAAAACCUGGACGAAGCGACGCUCCAACGCAUCGUUUCCAAGAUUCCAGCUGGACGGCUAGGCAACCCGGAAGAGAUUGGCAAUGCCAUCGUCUUCCUGGCAUCAUACCUGAGUUCCUUCAUGACUGGUCAAGGUCUCGUGGUGGAUGGGGGACAGCUGGCGGGCUAAAGGUCUUAGUCGCAUGACAAUGCUUCGCGGAACAAUUGGCACACGAGCGUAAACGCUUGCAUUGAUGCUUGAGUCAAUGCUUGAACCCGCAGAUGGGGCUGAGGGAUUUUCAGGGACCGUAGGUAGCCCGGUAAGGAUUGCUAUUGAGUUGCCAUGUACAGUCCUUGCUGCAGGGUGGCUCAAUGGCAUCUUGAGACCUCCAGCGUGCUUUACGGCCGUUCGACUUCCAUUUUGCGGGGGUUGACGGAUUCCUCUUCUGUACGCUGCAUGAUUUCUUCGUCUGCACGAGCUGUAGCUCGCACGUACAUCCUUCUUUCGGCCGCAUGCUAGGACAAUUCACCACUGAAGGGAUGCAG